UGUUUGGAGUACGCGGAGAGAGAGAGAGGAAGCAACAUGGCGACUGCGAGCGACCCGAAGCGGGACGCCGGCCAUUCGCUUUGAGCUUUCUCGCGUUAACCGUGUCUGUGGCGUCGGUGAACUACUGCAUCCGUGUUUCUGCGAGUUCAGCUUUCCGUCGGUGCCUGAAAAUUCGUGUUUUCUGCACUUCCGGUGCGCGCUAGGACUGAAAAAGAAAAGAAUAGGUUUUUCUAUGUGUAAUGAGGGGGAGAAGAGGCAGGCCGCCCAAAACCCUGCUGAUGCAGGAGCCUUCUCCAGGGCCGGUGCGCGGUCUCAGACCACGGAAAGGAUUAAAGGCGAAGGGAAGAGGUGGCAGCGACGACGAAUUUGUGACACCCAAGCGGGGAAACCCUCAUUCAUCGCGCGGCAAGAGGAAAGCUGGAUCCUCGGCAUCGCGGGGUAGAGGCAGGGGUAGAGGAGCUGGACGAGGCAGGGGGAGACGGAGCUCCGCUAGCGCUGUGGUUUACGACGACCACGAGAGCGAGGAAGAGGAGGAUGCGGUGAGUUUAGCCUCGGAGGAAGAUGACUACAUGGAAGAAGAGCCUCUCACGGAGGAAGAAGAUGAGGUCAUCGACAACGAGUCGGACUACCUCGAGCUGCCCGAGGAGGAGGAGGAGGACGAUGCCAGCUACUGCACCGAGAGCAGCCACGGCAGCACUCCAGGCCGGAGGAGACGACGUGCCCGUCGGCCACCAUCUCCUGUCUUAGAACAGAAAGAGAUCCCUCCCCUGGAGCUGCCCAAGUCCUCAGAGGACCUGCUCAUCCCUCCCGAGCAGCUGCUGAACGCCUCAGCCGUGUACGAGGUGCUGCGCUCUUUCAGCACAGUGUUACGCCUCUCGCCCUUUCGCUUUGAGGACUUCUGCGCAGCGCUGGCAGGCCAGGAGCAGUGCGCACUUCUGGCUGAGACGCACAUAGCGUUGUUGAAGGCUAUCUUGCGUGAGGAGGACUCCUCCAACACCACAUUUGGGCCAGCUGACCUCAAGGACAGCGUCAACUCUACACUGUACUUUGUGGACGGCAUGACGUGGCCUGAGGUGGUGCGAGCGUACUGCGAGAGUGAACCCGAAUAUGGUGGUGCUGCACUUGGACACCUGGAGGUUGACGAGUACCCCUAUGGCCCGCUGGAAAGCAAGGUGAAGGUGCUGCAGUUUCUUGUGGACCGCUUUCUCACCACUAAUAUGGCCCGUGAAGAGCUGAUGAGCGAAGGAGCAGUGCAGUAUGAUGACCACUGCCGUGCCUGCCAUCGUCUCGGUGACCUCCUCUGCUGUGAAACAUGCUCCGCUGUCUACCAUCUGGAGUGUGUGCGGCCACCUCUGGAGGCUGUGCCUGAGGAUGAGUGGCAGUGUGAGAUAUGUGUAGCACAUCGAGUGCCCGGGGUCAGCGACUGCAUCACUGAGGCUCAGAGGAGCCGCCCGUACCUGCGGCAGGAACCCAUCGGCUAUGACCGGCACCAACGGAAGUACUGGUUCCUCAAUCGCAGAGUUAUUGUGGAGGAAGAUGGUGAUGAGGAAGGGAAGAGGAUCUGGUACUACAGCACUAAAGUGCAGCUGAGUGAGCUGAUCAAGAUUGUGGAUAAGGAGUUCUGGGAGAAUGACCUCUGUGCUAUGUUGGAGGAGCUGAAAGAGGAGAUCCACUUGCACAUGGACAUUACUGAGGACCUCACCAACAAGGCUCGUGGCAACAACAAGGCCUACCUCACUGUCAUCAACGAUGAGAUCCUGGAAAAGCAGAAGGCUCGUCAGUCAGAACCCAAUGAGGAAAAGGGGAAAGCUGAGGGAUUCGAAGGUGAUAUCCCAGUCUCGUCUAUUACUGAACUGUCCUCUUCACGACCGGACUCUGAAGACGGGAAUUCUGCCUGUGACAAGCUUGCGGCUGAUGCCCCAGCUCCUCCUGCUGGUGAAGAGAGUAACAGUGUGUGUGAGCGCCCUCAGGCUGACUCUUCUGGGCCGUCUAAAACCGACCCUCCAUCUACAUCCACUGCAGAAGACCCUGGUGAAGGGGCACAGAGGGAAUGGGCAGAAAAAAGCUCCGAGUCAGGUUUCGGAGGCAGUGGAGAACCCGUCCUGGAAAGCGAGCCACCGCAGGUUGCGGAUGAGAACAGCUGCAGCAGUCACUUCUCUAUUUCUGACUGCUUGAGGGCUCCUGAGGAGCCUGACCUCAUAGACCGCUCCUCUCAAUCCUCCAUUAACAGCCAGGAUGAUGCUGGUGAGGGUAAAGGAAAUGGUGAUGGAAAGACAGGUUCAGCAACACGCAUGGUGACACGUCUGCGAAACCCGGACAGCAAAUUAAGCCAGCGCAAGGUCAUGCAGGACAAAGAUGCCAGCUCACAGGACAGCAAAGCACUUAAAGAGACUCCUCUGCUGUCAAGCUUGGUCAGAAAAGACCUAGGCCUAAAGACCAGCUCUAGCAGCGGUUACUUCAAGCUUGGCCAAGAGGGCAAAUUCCGCGUCUACCAUAACCAGUACAGCACAAAUGCUCUGGCACUUAAUAAACACCAGCACCGUGAGGACCACGACAAACGAAGGCACCUCUCGCAUAAGUUCUGUAUGACACCCGCCGGCGAGUUCAAGUGGAAUGGCUCAGUGCACGGCUCCAAAAUGCUGACCAUAUCCACACUGAGGCUUACUAUCAUCCAGCUGGAGAACAAUAUCCCUGCACCGUUCCUGCAUCCCAACUGGGCAUCACACAGGUCCAACUGGAUUAAGGCGGUCCAGAUGUGCAGCAAAGCGAGAGAAUUUGCCUUGGCUUUGGCUAUUCUGGAGUGUGCAAUCAAACCAGUGGUCAUGCUCCCGAUAUGGAAGGAUUCUCUAGGUCACACAAGGCUCCAUCGAAUGACCGCUAUGGAGCGGGAGGAGAAGGAGAAGGUGAAAAAGAAAGAGAAAAAGCUGGAGGAUGAAGAGACGAUGCAGCAGGCGACGUGGGUGAAAUACACAUUUCCCAUUAAGCAUCAGGUGUGGAAACAGAAGGGAGAGGAGUACAGAGUGACUGGUUAUGGUGGCUGGAGCUGGGUCAGUAAAACCCACGUCCCACGUUUUGUCCCUAGAUUACCUGGAAACACAAAUGUCAACUAUCGAAAAGCACUUGAAGCAGCUAAUAGUGGCAAGGAAAGUCAGACAUCCUGCCCAGAAAAUUGCCAAAACCCAGUCCCCGAAACCCCAAAGGAACACUCAUCUGAAAAGGAGCAAACACUCACAAAGAAGGAUGAACAAAAGGGAGAAAAGAUGGAGGUAGAUGAGAAGACUGAGGCUGAGAGUGAUGAGCUUAGCAAAAUUGAAGCUUCUGAAAAGAUGGACACAAGCACCGCUGACGUCACUAGCCCCAGUGAAGAAAAAGUUAAUAUUAAAAACACACCCUCACCUUUGAAGAAUGAUCAGUGUGUGAAAGGGGAAUCUGUAGAAUGUGAAGAGUCCAAAGUAUGUGCAGCAAUUCAGUCUCGGGUGUCAUUUGAAGAUGAUGUUGUUAAUGUCAGCCAGGGAUUUAUACUUCGCACAGCUUACAAAAAGAAGGGUAAAGGAUCAAAGCUCGAUGGUCUUUUGGAGCGGCGGGUUAAGCAGUUUGCUUUGGAGGAGCGACAGAGGCCGGAAAAGCUCAAGCAAGUUGCUGACUCAAAACCCACCAAUGAAAAUGGGACAAAGGAUCAGGAGAAGACCAGUCUGUCUCUGAACCAAGAGCUUAAAACUGAAGGAUCAUCUUUCAAAGCUACUAAAACUGUUCUGUCUGACCAGGCAAUAAACCCAUUGGUGAAGGAAAAAGACCCUGUAGUACAAAAGCUUGACUUUGACCAAGAUGAGAAGGUGCCACAUAGUUCUUCAGAACAGACUGAAAAUCUUGAUGUCAGACAGGGAUCCAAUAUAAAGACUGAAGCGGCUGCAUCUCUUGCAGGAAAAGAGCACAAAACAGGGAAUGGCACGUUAAUAACUAAUGCAGAGCUUAAUGGAGGUUCUCGGAAAGAUCUGGAAGGCAGCCUUAACUCAAACAGCAAAAUGGCAUGCCUGAUAUUUGAUGCUACAGAGAAGAAGGAUACAACUGAAAACAGUUCUUCCAUGGAAAAGAAUGGCUUAAGUAAAGAAACAAACUUGCCAGUGCAUGUCAAUGGCAGAGAUGGUUCAGUGGACUCUCCGCCCACAGAUUUGCCCAAUAAUAUCAACUCAAAAGAAAUAAAGCAGGGAGAAGAAGAGGAGACAAAAACACUUCCCUCCAAGGAUCCCAUAAAAUCACUAAUGAAUGGUGACCUGACUCAAGUCAGCCAGAACAACAAAGCUCAGCCUAUUGAGGAGACCGCUGUGGACAAGUCAAACUUGGAGUACCUGCCCUCUCAGAAGGUUGCUAGAAUGGAUUGUAACACUGAGGGCAAAGCUGAUUAUGCUAUAGGUUCUUCUCCCUCCCAGCUCUCCCCAGCAGAAACUAUAAAGUCAGAUGGACUUAGUAGAAGUACCAGGGUAUCACCAAUGGAGACGGAAGAGGCCAAGUUGAAAACUCUCAGCCCGUCACCCAUUCUGUCAACGGAGGAGUCCAGCCUAAGUAGUGAUGUUGCUGAGAACAGCACUAACAGUAGUAGUGGGGUCAAGAACACAAUAACCCAAGUCACCACUAUAACCACUUCUACCACUACAGUGGCGACCGAAUCACUCACUGUUGAGACACCCGGCUUGCCUGAUGGUACCACUAACAGUAAACAUUCUUCAGCAUUGACAUCUGAGUCAAAAGUGGAAUCCAUGAUUUCCGUCUCUACUCUUUCCACUACAAGUACCACCACAGUAACCAAAGUGACAAACCCAAGCCAUGGAGCAAAAGUUACAGAGCAGAGCAGGACCAUUGUCACAGCAAUGUUUACAGAUGCUAAAUCAGCACAUUCAAGUACCUCUGUGACUUCAGUCACCCUGAGUAAGGAGUACUCCACCAGAGACAGAGUGCGGCUAUUGAAGUUCUCCCGCUGCAAGAAGACCCGGUCUGGUACGGCUCUGCCUUCAUAUCGCAAGUUUGUAACAAAGAGCAGCAAGAAGAGCAUUUUUGUGCUCCCCAAUGAUGACCUAAAGAAGCUUGCGAGGCGAGCAGGUAUCCGUGAGGUGCCUAUUUUUAAUUACAACGCCAAGCCAGCAUUAGAUGUCUGGCCAUAUCCAUCCCCAAGGCCCACUUUUGGAAUCACAUGGAGGUAUCGGCUUCAGACAGUAAAGUCUUUGGCUGGGGUGAGUCUGAUGUUACGCCUGCUCUGGGCAUGCCUCAGGUGGGAUGAUAUGUCAGUGAAGCCCUCUCCUGCCGUUGGAACCACACGCACAGAAACAUCUGACACUGAGAUAACAACAACUGAGAUUAUUAAGCGAAGAGACGUAGGACCUUAUGGUAUCCGCUCAGAGUAUUGCAUCAGGAAAAUUAUUUGCCCCCUGGGUGUGCCUGAGACUCCUAAAGAAACCCCCACACCCCAAAGAAAGGGUCUGCGCUCAAGUGCUCUGCGACCAAAGAAACCAGAGCCCUCUAAGCAGACGGGGCCAGUUGUGAUUGAGAAAUGGGUGCCAGAGGAGGACCUGGAACUUUGGGAGAUUCGAGCCUUUACCGAAAGGGUUGAGAGGGAAAAGGCACAAUCAGCAGACCCAACUAAGGUUAGUGUACAGAAGACCGCUGAGGAGGUCAAGGCUCAGUUGGAAGCGCAACUAAAGCAGCAGAGAUUGGCAGCCCAGCAGAAACGUUUGGAGCAGCAGAAAACUGGAGGAACCACAACACUAUCCAACAUAAGCAGCACACCUACCAGCACUGCAUCAUCCACACAGAAGGUGGUGGUAGGUUCUCUGAGCAGUCCAGUCACCCCUGGGACAAAAGUGGUGCUUGCCACCAAGUUAGGUGCUCCAGUGCAAUUUCAGCAGGGCAAGAACUUCCAGCAGUCCUUUGCCUCCUGGGUCAAGCAGGGCCAAAACAAUGCAGGUGUUGUCCAGGUGCAGCAGAAGGUUCUUGGCAUCAUUCCAUCCAGUACAGCAGCCACACCGCAGUCAUUCUCCUCAUUCCAACCCCGUUCGGGCAGCAUCAACAUCCGACCCAACACCAGCACCUCCACACAGCAAUCUACCACUGCUGGAACUCCUGUCCGGCCUGGGAUGACGGUGGUUCGUUCACCCCUCCAACAGACUACAACUUUGGGCAAGACCAUCAUUCGAGCACCUCUAAUAGUUCAACAAGGCCAAGGUCAGCAGGUGGUUACUCAAAUCAUCCGAGGAACACCUGUAUCAAAGGCUGUGAGCAGCAAUACCCCAGGGCAGGUGGUGGGUUCUUCUUCUCUACCCUCUACCCCUGGGCAGCCCCAGACUCCACAUGCUCCCAGCACCGCCCGACCACAGCAAGGCCAAGUUAAACUCACCCUGGCUCAGCUAACACAGCUCACGCAAGGAGCUCAGGGUGGGAAUCCAGGUUUGACUGUGGUGAUCCAGGGUCAGGGGCAGACUACAGGGCAGCUGCAGGUCAUCCCUCAGGGUGUGACUGUGAUCCCAGGUCCUGGUCAGCAGCUCAUGCAGGCAGCUAUGCCAAAUGGCCAGGUCCAGCGCUUCCUCUUCACUCCUAUGCCUCCAGCACCAGCUGCACCAGCUACUCCAGCUCCUACUGUAUCCACAUCAAGCACCUCAGCUACUCCCGCGAGUAGCAACAUACCCACCACCACCACCACCGUGGACCCUACUACAUCAGCAAGGCCAGCAAUACAACCUGCAGCUCAGGUCUCGCCCAUCAUUCAACCCUCUAUCCUUCCCUCGUCUCCACCCGCUCUUUCUAAAUCCCAACCUAUGCUACACCCAGCCACCUCAUCCCAAACACCAACAUCAUCUGCUCCAGUUCCUAAUCUGCAAACUACAUUUUCUACACAGGCCCUGCUUCAACCACAAUCCCAAAUCCAAAACCAAACACAAUCACAACCCCAAAGCCAUUCCCAAGCCCUACAACAUCAAACCCAGUCACAAGCCAAAACCCAACCACAGCUUCAAAACCAGCUACAGCAAAAAAUCCAAAUCCAUUCCCAACCCCAGAUUCAAACCCAGUUGCAGCACCAAGUUUCAACACAACCCCAAAUCCAGUCUCAACAGCAGCUCCAGCCUCAAGCUCAACUGCAGGCAAACGUUCAACCACUGCAGCAAAUUCAGACUCAGCAGCAGACUCAGGCCCAGUUGCAGCUUCAGCCUCAGCAGCAACUCCAACUUCAGCCUCAACAACAACUCCAGUCCCAGGCACAGCUUCAGCCUCAACAGCAGCCCCAACCCCAGGCACAGCUUCAGCCUCAACAGCAGCCCCAACCCCAGGCACAGCUUCAGCCUCAACUGCAACCCCAACCCCAGGCACAGCUUCAGCCUCAACAGCAGCCCCAACCCCAGGCAGAACUUCAGCAGUCCCAACCCCAGGCACAGCUUCAGCCUCAACUGGAGCCCCAACCCCAGACACAACUUCAGCCUCAACAGCAGUCCCAACCCCAGGCAGAACUUCAGCCUCAACAGCAGUCCCAACCCCAGACACAACUUCCAACUCAACAGCAGACCCAACUCCAGGCACAACUUCAGCUUCAACAGCAAAACCAACCCCAGCAGCAACUUCAAUCCCAACUCCAUCUUCAGCCUCAACAGCAAUCCCAGCUCCAAAUCCAGCCUCAACAACAAUCCCAACUUCAGCCUCAACAGCAACCCCAAGCACAGCCACAGCUUCAGUCCCAACAGAAACCCCCUCUCCAGCUGCAGCAACAACUUCAACCCCAACAGCAACUUCAGCUUCAUUCUCAGCAACUUCAGCCUCAACAGCAACCCCAACAUCAGACUCAACAGCCUCAACUCCUCCCUCAACAACCUUCUCAUGUCCCGUCACAGCCACAACAGCAGCCCCAACCUCAAGCUCAUUUGCCUGCUCAAACCCCAGUCCCGCCCACUUCCCCCUUAUCUGUGUCUCAUGUAACCCAAGUGACUUCCCCCCCAACACAGGUAGCCUCUAUUGCUGUAGCUCCACAGGUAACCCAGACCACAGUAACUCAGGUUCGGCCUCAGAUCCAGCUCCCUGCCCAGCUUCUUAGUGUUCCAGGGAUCCAGCAGCAAGUCCUGUCCCAUAUCCAGAACCAAGUAGCAGCACAGCUCCAGGCCCAGGCCCAACAUGGUACCCUUCCCCAGCAGAUCAAACUGCAGCUGCCUAUCCAGAUCCAGCAGCAGGGUGGAGGUCAGGUGCAGACACAUCAGAUCCAGAAUGUGGUGACUAUUCAGACCGCCAGCGUCCAGGAGCAGCUCCAGCGCAUCCAGCAGCUCCGAGAUCAGCAGCAGCAGAAGAAGAAGCAGCAAGAGGCGAAGAGGGAGCAGGCUCAACAGGCUGCCAGCCAGAGCGAGCUGCUGCAGAAGCAGGUGGUCAUGAAGCAGAAUGCAGUCAUAGAGCACUUAAAGCAGAAGAAAGCCAUGACACCAGCAGAGAGGGAGGAGAAUCAGAGGAUGAUUGUGUGUAAUCAGGUGAUGAAGUUUAUAUUGGAUAAGAUCGACAAAGAUGAAAAGCAGGCAGCCAAAAAGCGGAAGCGGGAGGAGUCAGUGGAGCAGAAGCGCAGCAAACAGAACGCCAGCAAGCUCUCGGCUCUGCUCUUUAAACACAAAGAGCAACUGAAAGCUGAGAUUCUGAAGAAGAGAGCACUGCUGGAUAAAGAGCUACAGGUGGAAGUGCAGGAGGAGCUGAGGAGAGAUCUGAGCAAGCUGAGGAGAGAAAAGGAGAAAGCCCAGGCUGCAGCAUCUCAAGCAGCCGCCACAGCCAUUAGUGCCCAGGCGGCCGCUCUCUCCACACACUCCUCCACCAUCACUUCACCCCACUCCAGCCAUAAACGCAAACGAGACGAGGAGCGAGAUGCAGCCUUGUCUAAGAGCAAGAAGAAGAAGAUGAUCUCCACCUCAUCGAAGGACAACAAGAGAGACACAAAACUGUACUGUGUAUGCAAAACACCCUAUGACGAAUCAAAGUUUUAUAUUGGCUGUGAUCUCUGUUCGAACUGGUACCAUGGUGAGUGUGUAGGCAUCACAGAGAAGGAAGCCAAGAAGAUGGAUGAUUACAUCUGUAUGGAAUGUAAAAGGGCACAGGAAGGCAGCUCUGAGGAGCUCUAUUGCAUCUGCAGAACACCAUAUGAUGAGUCCCAGUUCUAUAUUGGCUGUGACCGUUGCCAGAACUGGUACCAUGGACGCUGUGUGGGCAUUCUGCAGAGUGAAGCAAUUCACAUCGACGAAUAUGUUUGCCCUCAGUGCCAGUCUACAGAGGAGGCCAUGACUGUCCUGUCCCCGCUCACAGAUAAGGAUUACGAGGGUUUGAAGCGAAUCCUUCGAUCCUUACAGGCCCACAAAAUGGCAUGGCCUUUUCUGGAACCAGUCGACCCUAAUGAUGCUCCAGAUUAUUAUGGGGUCAUUAAGGAACCUAUGGAUCUAUCCACCAUGGAACAGCGGAUACAGAAACGAUUUUACAGCAAGCUAACGGAAUUUGUAGCGGACAUGACCAAAAUUUUCGACAACUGCCGCUACUACAACCCCAGCGACUCACCUUUUUACCAGUGUGCCGAGUUCUUGGAAUCCUUCUUUGUACAGAAACUCAAAGCUUUCAAAGCAAGCAGGUCUCAUAACAACAAACUUCAGUCUUCAGCUUCAUAGAAUACAACCACAUGUGGUGCUACGGCACGUCUGUAAAGGACAUGUUUUGGGGGAGGGGGGAGGGACUCUGAACAGUCGAUCCAAGGGAACCAGGCAUCAUCUUUGUCAAGGAUGCCCUACACAUUCUUCAUUUUUUUUCUCUCUCGACCCAAACUGAUGGUUCUUCCCCAGUCAACCAGCAACGCACAUGACUGCAGUGUUUAAAGCAGUGUCUCUUUCACAUGCCCUGCUCUCUGACUGUGGAGCGAACAGGCAGCGGAGGGAUUAUACAUGAAGCAUUUUGUAACAUUUGUUACCUCAACACAAUGACUUUUGGAUGGAACUUUGUGGGGGGUUUUUUUGUUUGUUUUUUUAUUAUAAAAUCAUGUUUGCAUAAUCCAGGGUCCAGGUCUACAUAUACCUUUCAUGACAAUAGACAAUAACAUGUUUUCAUGUGAUGUGCAAGAAUUAGGUGUAUCCUGGACACAACUGACUGUGUUUGACAAGCAGUUGGUUUUGUGGUGGAUUAGACUUCAGGAGCCUGAAAGAGGAAACUUUAUUCAGAUGCAGGUUUUUAGCUGUUUCAUGCCAAUUGACUGAAGCAGCCGAUAAACCGAGCUCAGUCGUGAGGCAUUCUGUUUGUAUGUCUAUUAUUCCUUUUUCUUUCUUUUUUUGUAAUACAACUGAAGAAAUAUUGAUGUAUAUGAAUCGUAAAUAAAUGGAAAGACUUCUCUUUCUCACACUGAUGAA